AUGGGGAAACAUGGAAAGCUAACAAAGCUCAAGUCUGCAUUGAAGAAGUGGCCCUCUUUCAGAAAGCUUGACCGUACAGAGAGCGGCAGAUGUAUCGCCACCACAAACGGCGGGUCUGAGGGUGGAGAAAGUGCUAGCAUAGAUGGGAAUCUCCACCCCGUUUACGUCGGAAAAGCUCAGAGGCGGUAUCUUGUUAGCUCCGAAGUGAUUGACCAUCCUGUGUUUCAAGAGCUGGCCAACAAAACGGACGGCUCUGAUGGAAAGAUCUCUGUUGGAUGCGAGGUUGUGCUGUUCGAUCACUUUCUGUGGAUGUUGGAGAAUGGUGGGUCGCAUUUGGAAUCAAUGGACGAGCUUGUUGAGCUCUAUAGUUACUGA